CCAGUGUCGGCUCAGCGAGGGUGGAAUUUAUGAAGACUGAAUUAUUUGUGUCGUCCUGUGUUUUUCCUCUUCUCUUAAAACGAGUUUACGAUACAAUGGCAAUGAAGUCUGGCGAGGAGCGCCUGAAGGAGAUGGAGGCGGAGAUGGCACUGUUUGAACAGGAGGUUCUGGGUGGUCCUGUGGCUGUAUCUGCAGGGGGCCCCGCGGUGGUGGAGGCUGUGCCUGUUGCCCUCGCUGUGCCAAUCGUCCGACCCAUCAUUGGCACAAAUACUUACCAACAGGUCCAGCAGAGCCUUGAGGCGAGGGCUGCCACUUUAGUUGGACCUCCACCCCCUGCAUUUGUUGGUCCAGCUGUGCCACCGGUGCGACCUCCUCCAGUGAUGCGACCUGCAUUUGUUCCACACAUCCUGCAGAGACCAGGAGGUCAGAGAAUGCCUAUGAUGCGUGAUCACCCUCCUCAGGGUAUGAUAGCACCCCCUCUGCCCCGACCUCCUCCUCCACCACCCAUGAUGAUGGCACCCCCUCUGUCUGGACCUCCACAGCACCCUAUGGCUCCUAUAGGACCUCCCAUGGGACCCAUGAGCUCUGUGCCACCUGUAAGUGUUUUCUGUGGCAUAACGAAGAAGGUUGGUGGGAUGAACCCUGUGGUGUCUGCACCACCUCAACCCGUCGUCCAAUCCUCUCCCAAAGUCACCCCUAGUGUCAUACAGGCAGCUCCCACUGUUUACACUGCACCUCCUGCGCCUAAGAGAACAGACAUUCGGGCCCAGAGACAAGCACGAAUGGAGGAGCUGGCGGCAUCGGUCGCUGAGCAGCAGGCAGCUGUGGCAGCGGCAGGUCUACUCGACAUGAAGAAAGACAGCGCGGAAGAAAACGUCAUCGGCCCAAGCAUGCCAGAGCCUGAGCCCGCCCACGCCGAGCCAGCAGAUGGCAAUGCAGAGGAUAAGAAAAAAGGAAAACAGGAGAAGAUUAAAAAGUGUAUUCGAAUAGCAGCAGGAACCUCAUGGGAAGACCCCAGCCUACUAGAGUGGGAGUCAGAUGACUUCCGGAUUUUCUGUGGAGACCUGGGAAACGAGGUCAACGAUGACAUUCUCGCGAGAGCUUUCAGCCGCUAUCCCUCCUUUCUGAAAGCCAAGGUGGUUCGAGACAAGCGCACUGGUAAAACCAAGGGCUAUGGUUUUGUCAGCUUCAAGGAUCCAAAUGAUUAUGUGCGGGCUAUGAGGGAAAUGAACGGUAAAUAUGUGGGAAGCAGACCCAUCAAAUUACGAAAGAGUACAUGGAAGGACCGGAACAUAGAAAUUGUGCGCAAGAAACAGAAGGAAAAGAAGAAGUUGGGACUCAGAUAAGCCAGGAGGCACUAAAACAAUACGUGUGUGUGUGUGUGUGUGUUUGUAUGUCUUUACACAAGGAUUAUUGAACAGGCAUGAACACAACUUCUAGAGGGAGGACUGGGAAUCUAGACACCUAAGUAGGACUCUCUAAACCCACGGUUAAACUGAUAAGUAUACCGAUGAACAGAGGACAUAGUUAAGGCCAUAUAUGACCAUACAAGAACAGAUUACGUAUGAGAUUUGUGGUUGUGAAUAUGCAUUUGUUGAUGAUGUAAAUGUCUUAUUUUUAUUUUUUAGUUUAUUCUUUUUCCUCUCUUUGAAAAUGCUUAAAAAGAAACCCUGGAACAUAUAGCACC